CUUCAACAAAAAAACAAAACAUAAAUACUUUACAAAAUCCAAAAUCUACAAAGAUCUAUUACUCUUUCUCUUUGUAAUUAAGAAACAUUAAACAUGGAUAAUAAUAAGCUUGUAGCUGUUUUGCUGAUGUUCUUUUCAAGUUUCUUGCUGAUGAAAUCAUCAACGGCUGCUUCCAACUACAAUGUUGUCAGCUUCGGUGCUAAACCGGACGGUCGAACCGACUCCACUAAAGCCUUCCUUGGCGCGUGGCAAGCAGCUUGCCGUUCAGCUGCAGCGGUUACUGUAACGGUCCCGAGAGGAAGCUUCUUGCUCAAACCGGUGGAGUUUCGAGGUCCAUGCCGCAGUAGAAUAACGUUUCAGAUCUAUGGAACGAUUGUAGCUCCUUCGGAUUACCGCGGUUUGGGAAAUUCCGGUUAUUGGAUCUUGUUCGUGAAAGUUAACCGGAUCUCAAUCAUUGGAGGAACUUUAGAUGCUAGAGGUGCUUCUUUUUGGGCUUGUCGAAAAUCCGGAAAGAGUUGCCCUGUUGGCGCCAGAUCAAUGACGUUUAACUGGGCAAACGACGUCGUAGUUAGUGGCUUAACGUCUAUAAACAGUCAAACAACACAUUUAGUGAUAAACAGCUGCAACAAUGUAAUUGUCCGGAAAGUAAAGCUAGUGGCUCCAGACCAAAGUCCGAACACAGAUGGCCUCCACGUCCAAGGUUCUGCUGGUGUUACCGUAACCGAUGGCACUUUUCAUACCGGAGAUGAUUGUAUCUCUAUUGGUCCAGGAACUCGUAACCUCUACAUGUCUAAACUCAAUUGCGGUCCAGGCCAUGGAAUCAGUAUUGGGAGUUUAGGGAGAGAUGCAAAUGAAGCUGGAGUAGAGAACAUAACGUUGAUAAACUCUGUUUUUUCGGGCUCGGAUAAUGGUGUUCGGAUCAAGACAUGGGCUAGACAAAGUACAGGUUUUGUAAGAAACGUUUUGUUCCAGAAUCUGAUCAUGAAAAAUGUUCAGAAUCCGAUCAUUGUCGAUCAAAAUUACUGCCCUAGUAAUCAAGGUUGUCCUAAACAGGGUUCUGGAGUGAAGAUUAGUCAGGUUGUGUAUAGAAACAUUCAAGGGACGUCGCGGACGCAACAGGCUUUAACGUUUGAUUGCAGUCGCAGUAAUCCGUGCCAAGCGAUUAGAUUGCAUGAUAUUAAGCUAACGUUUAACGGUCGGUCCGCUACUUCGACUUGUAAGAAUAUUAAAGGAGUUAAGGCUGGUGUAGUGAUGCCUCAAGGUUGUCUUUGAUAUAUAAUUCAUGGAAUUUGAAGUGUGUUUAGAUGACAUUACACCGUCAUGGACGCAGAGUAUUUUUUGCCUUCUGUGAUCGAGUUAUUUUGUUUUGCGUCUUCAUCCAUAUAUAUCUUGAAACUUCAGUUUGUACCCUUUUUCGUACAAAAUAUAUUUGGACCUAUUAAAGAUUCAAGUCAAACAUUCGUUUGAUAUUUUUUUUAUUAAUGUAAAGCGUAUUUGAAUCAAAAAUCAAAAUGUUUGUCCCAAGUUCAGCUAGGUAUAGAGAGAUCAAUGUAUAGUUAUACUCUAAAAAAUAUUGAAUGUAAAAAGUAUGAAUACAAACAAGUGAGCAUGGACAAUUUACAGUUUUAAGUAGGUUGGUAAAUUUACUCAAAAUAAAUACACUGAGCUUUUUUUUUUUGAAGUCAACGUUUGUUGUGGUUAUUCCGGCUCUCCUCUACAGUUGACGAGUUACUGUUUUUCUUCCCACUCUGCGACUUGUAUGAGCUUGAAGAAUCUCCAUCGUUCUUCUUGUGAGACUUAGAACUGGAGUCUCCUUCGCUCUUCUUGUGAGACUUAGAGCUCGAAUCUCCAUCGCUCUUCUUGUGAGACUUAGAGCUUGAAUCUCCAUCGUUCUUCUUGUGAGACUUGGAGCUCGAAUCUCCAUCGUUCUUCUUGUGAGACUUGGAGCUCGAAUCUCCAUCGCCCUUCUUCUGAGACUUGGAGUUGGUGUCUCCAUCGCUCUUCUUCUGUGACUUGGAGCAGGAGUCUCCAUCACUCUUCUUCGAAGACUUGGAGUUGGA